AUUUUACCACACCUUCCUGUAUUCAUAUUGAAUCCAAUGACAAGAUGUAGUCAGUCUUUGAUCGUCGCUAAACUCACAACGAUUUCAAUUUCUCGGCGAAAAAUUAUUCGUUUUGUAAUUUAUAUACUUAUUACUAAUUUCACUUUCGUAUAAAUGAAAAUGUGUUGGUCUACCACAAGGUAAAUACAAUCGACAUAAUGGGAAUGUAUUUUUAUUUGCUGAGCAUUCUUUUGUUUACCGGUACUGAUGUUAAUGGGCUUAUUAUCCCUGAAGAAUUACCUUCAAUUCUUUCACUUGUGUUUGCCAAUAUACCACCUGUAAAAAAAGGGACGGAUUCGCGGAUUGGUCUUGGCUUUAGACUUGGCGAACAUGCAGACUUUCAAACAAUUGUUGAACUUGGUCCACAAAAAGAAACACAACCAAUUGGCAACAGUGAAUCAAAAAGAAGACGACAAAUUGUUGUUGAUCAAGUAACGGAGAAAAAUUCAAGAUUUUGGAAAAAGUCUACAGUAAAUUCUGAUAAAAUAAACCACAAACAAGCAGAAUUCAAAAAAAUUGUUAAUGAUAGAGAAAAAGAACGUCCAGAUGAAAAUUGGUUGUUUAAAUGGAGUAGAGAAUUCGAGAAAACUAGAAGCUAUAAAAUACCAUUAACACAAAAUUCAACGAUUCUAAACCUCAGGGUUAACGUUGACAGUCCAUCUUAGAUGAAUAUAAAGUACAGAAUUAUUUAAAAAUGAAAAAUAACUGUAUUACUUAUUUCAAAUUUUUAAUGCAAAGAAAAAAAAGCUUAUAUUUUUAUUAGAAUAAUAGAACUAUUGCUUCAAUAAACCUCACAAAUAUUGGGAAGAAA